UACUAAUUUUCCAUUACAAGCUUCUCCUUUUUUUUCAACAUGGCGGUCGUUGCUUGUAAGGUCCCUUUUGGUGGCAUUUUGUUUGUUGUUGCUUUAGUUUUGACCAGGCUUUCCUCUGCUUAUGCUCAAUCGUUGUCUCCGGCUCAACCGCCUGCUACUGGCGAUGGAACAAGCAUAGAUCAGGGGAUUGCCUAUGUAUUGAUGUUGUUGGCGUUGGUGCUCACCUACAUUAUCCAUUCAGCGGAUCUUUACGUCAGUUUAUAAAUUCCUUCACAAAACUAAUUCAGAUUCAGAUUCAGAUUUCAAAUGGGGUUGAAGAAUUUAUGAUAGGAAAAUAUGAUCUCAUGGACUAAACUUUACAUGUAAAUUAAUGAAAAUGAUGAUUUCUUUUACCUCAAUGGUGGAUUUUUCUUGUCCAUCUUCCCUUGUCAGUUUUGUUUCUUUUUAAAUUAACUAUUGUUAAUAAAGCAGACAUUUUUAGCGUUCA